CCUCUAGAAUUCAUGGUCGGCAAUAUGCCCCAAAAAAUGUAAUACUUGUAAAAACGAUUUGCAAUGCUUGUAAAAAGUUCAUCUGUUUGAGUUGUUUCUCAAAACAUAUCCAAGCUUUGGAGAAAAAGAAAUGAAUGCAACUCUGCAAAGUAGAAAUAUUUAGUAGAUAGGCAAUAUUAUAGUGGAAGUACAUUUUGAAUUAUUAUUAUUAUUAUGAUACAUUACUGCAUAUUUUUACAAUAUAAAUGAAAUAUCUUUACUGUUAUAAUUUCAAGGUUGUAACUGUCGUAGAGAACUGUUGUAACAGUAAAUGUUACGAGAAAGUACCAUUUGAAAACUAAGUCGAAGCAUUUGAUGCUUUUUAUUCCGGUCAAUCAAAAAGCCUUCAAGAUGCCUAUUUGGCUCGUUCUAUUGAAAAGUGUUAUGGUCCUAAAAAAAGAACUGUUGAAAACGUAAAAAAACCAAGAGAACAUUCGUGGAAUUAUUCAAUUUUUGUUGGGGCACUUAACCUCCUGAGACCUGAAGCUCCAUAUGAUUCUGUUCGAUUAGAGACCGAAGUGACUAAUACUAGUACAUUGGGAAGGUCAGGCUUGAGACCUGACCUUUUUCGUUAUCAAACUAGAAGUAUGACCGAAGUGCCUAGUAUUAGUCAGUCAACUUCAAAAUUCAGUAUCACACUUAAUGUUUGCAAAAGCAAGCACUAGGUAGCACCACUGCAUAGCUGGCCAUCUACUUUACCGUUCUAGUUUGCUCCAUCGCCACUAGAGCACUUUCAAUAGGAGACACAGCCACGUUGACAUCAUGGCGUCAGGUGACAGGGAAGCUUCUUCGCCAAUAUUGAAUUUGACACCAAGAAAACUGAGUUGUAUCCUGCAAGAGCUUGAUCAAUCAGAUCUUGAAGAAAUAGAUGACGACGAUGAAAAAGAGCAUUUUGCUAACCAAGUUUCCAGAGAAAUCGAUGGAAAUUGGAGUGACAAUACGGAUAUUGACCCCGAUUAUGUUCCAGAGUCAGAAGAGGCAUUUAAGAAGCAAAAAAGGAAGAGCACGAGCAGUACAGAAGAGCAGCCUGGUAUGUCAAAGAACAAAAAGUUGAAAAAGGAAAAACCGGUAAAUUCUCAAUGGACAUGAGGUAAAUUUUCUCCUGAAACUAUCAGCCUACACCAACCUGCUUACAUUGUACAGAACUGUAAUGAUUGGGAUUAUGACAAAUAUGUCUCUCAAUAUUUUGAUGAUGAGUUUUUAUAGACUAUUGUGGAAAAAAGUAACCAAAGUUUCUUACAACGAAAAGGAACACUUUUGAAUUUAACCUUAAGAGAAUUCAAAACUUGGCUAGGAAUUAAUUUUGUUAUGGCGACAAUACAGAUGCCAAAAAUCAGAAUGUUUUGGGAAAAGCAAUGGCGAGUUUCUGUUAUAGCAGAUGCAAUGGUGAGAGAUAGAUUUUUUCAACUAAGAAGCAACAUUAAAAUCGUAUAUGAUGAUGAUAUUUCUAAAGAACAAAGAACAAAUGAUAGGCUGUGGAAGUUGAGACCUCUUAUUGAUAGAGUUUUGCAAGGUUGUCAGAAACAAAAUAAAAAUCAGGAACUUUGCGUUGAUGAAAUGAUGGUUCCAUUUACUGGUACAUGCAAUCUCAAACAAUACAUUCCAAAUAAGCCGAAUCCUCUCGGAAUUAAGAUUUUCGUGCUAGCAAACCCAAAUGGAAUCAUAUGUGAUUUCAUAGUUUAUCAAGGAGGAAAUACUUUCCAUAAAGAUCUCACCAAAGAUUUCUGGCAAUGUGAAUGUGCU